CUCUCUUUGUGUACAGAUGUUUAAUAAUAUUUGAACACAUUUUUGCAGUUUAAUAGACUGUUCACUACUGUUGCCAAACAAUCAAGUGAUGGAUAAUAAUAAUAAAUGUCUGAAUGCCCGGGAAGUGGCCCAACAAAGGUAUCGGGAUAUCAUCGACAAUGGCAAAAUGUACCAUGGUAUUUCGCCCAAUGUCGACCCCAACACUCCACCCCAUUGGUUUGAUAGGAAAAAGUUUGCUAGAUCACAAAAGUUGGCUCAUGAAAACUAUGGAUGCUUACUUUUUGGCCAAUUCGCUGGACUAUUGCUAGUGCUGUACCACUCGGACGGAUUGGCGCCGUUGGCGGUGACGGGCAACUCAUCAAAUGUGCAAAAACUAUUUCGUCGAUAUCUGUCGACAAUGAUUCACGUGAAGUAUUGGUACGAAUUUGAUCCGUUCGACAGCGACAGCAAAGCGUAUAAAUCGCUAAAACACGUCAGAGGUCUUCAUCGACAGGUGUCGGCGAAGAUGAACGCCUCGGGGGGUCGGGUGGAGGGCCGGGACCGGCUGUGGAUCCCGCAGUACGGUAUGGCCGGCGCCCAGUUCUCGUUCAUCGGUUUAGUGGCACUCUUUCCCAAACAAUGCGGUUUGCAUUCACUCACUGACGAGGACUUUGAUUCGUUGCUCUACUUCUGGCGAGUGAUCGGCUAUUGUCUGGGAACUGACGACCGGUUCAAUCUGUGCUCGGGAUCGGCCGACGAAGUGGUCCAACUCUGUCACCUCAUUUGGACUGAAGAUUGGUAUCCAGUGAUCAACACAACGCCCAUCGCGUGUCCGGCCGGCGAAGAGAUGUCAAAAGGCAUUUGUUUGGCUAUGAAUCGGGUGUCGAAGUUUAUCCGCUGGAAUGUGAUCAUGAAAUACUGGUACCCAAUACUCAACAUAACAAAACCCAUUCAAUUGCAAUCGUUUGCCGACUAUUUCUGGUUUUAUGUCAUCAAAUCUAUGAUGAAAUUCUGGACCAAAUUCACCAUUUGUCGCAAAUUCAUGUCCGCCAGCGCUCGACUCAAUAUAGCGAUCGCAACGCGUUUUAAAAAUUAUAAAUACAAUAAUUUGAGCCAAGAAUACGCGGAUCUGAGUUUUGGGAAUACGAGCUGUCCUUUUGAUGUCAAUUUCAAUUAUGUCGAUGUCUUCGACACCAUUAAAGACAAGGAAUGCACACAACUAUAA